AUGGUUAGUUGCGAAGUGAUAAGCUCGUUGUUCCAAAUCACCGCGCAUGUUUACGAACCCAUAGCACCAUCCCAAAAGAGAAGUGCAUUGGUUCGGCAUCGCUGGUGGAGCGGGUUUGCGUACCAAAUAUGGUCAAGACUGGAAGCCACAAAGAAUGUUCCUGAGCAGGGGUUUGCUUUUGGAUGCGUAGCCGCCGGUUCCAGUCACAUGGCGUCGCGCACCGUAUGUAGCCCCAUCGGUUUCAACCACAUCAUCGAGAGCGUUCUCUGCGGUGGUCCUUCCGGCGUCGUUCUCCCAAAAGCAGGCUGUCGGAGUCCAUCGGGCGCCCUGGUCGUGGGGCUGUUGGCAAGAAUAGACCAAGGUCUUGGCAGCUACGACAGUGGCGGGAAAGCAUCCGCGGUUUGUAGAAACGCUGGUCCAAUGCAGAAAUGUGCGGAUGAUCUCCGGGUAACGCACACCGCCGCAGUAACCUUGAGAGCUGUUGGUCUAUGGCUGCGGCUGUUCUUGACUGGCGCUGUCGGGAUACCGAAACCUAUCCUGUACGCAUUAGCCAAGGAUUCAAAGCUUCCACCUCUGUACUCGCGAUUCCACCAGUAUGAGUUGUCUCUGCCUCAACACCACCUCGACCCAGCUUCGCCCAAUGCUGCUGAGACACAGUACUUCUGGAUAGCUAACCACAUGACACGCAACGGCUGGGGUAAUGCCAUGCAAGAGCUGCUCCUAAAUUCAUAUCUUGCCUAUCGUGCCAACCGUUCAUUUGUGUUCAACAACUUUACCUGGGACGAAGGUGUAUCAGACUACUCGAUCUAUAACCUGAAACCUAUCCCCUCACGAAUUCCGCUCACUGCUUUGAUUCGAGGACCAACUGUCGGAGGACCUUUCCCUCCGGGCGACCACGCACCUCUCGCUGUAAUGAAGGAGUUCUGGGAUACAACAUGCCAAAAUCCUACGGUUAUUGACAACAACGCCGUCGUAGCCACCUGGGGUGGCGAAGAUCCGACCUCCCAAGCCAUUGUUGACAAGUGGAUAGGGCUACUUGACGCGAGCCAUGAUCGCUGCGUAGAAGUGGCGAAAGAUCCUCGUCAAUUGUUCGAUAUCUGGCUUCUCCAAGAUGGCAACCGUCUUCUAGAUCUCUGGCCUGCGUUCUCCCAGUCGCCCAUCCUUCGACACUUCCGAUGGUCAGAUCUAGUCGAGCUAGCCUUCGACACCAACCGCGAAGUCUUCGCCCCCUCCAACACCGUUGAGUUCAAUUUGAUGUCAGUUCCUGACAACGUCCCAAGCCCAGAGCGCUACACAGUAAUCCCAGGUCUGCUCGCUCUCCACAUCCGGAGAGGCGACUUCAUCAGGCACUGCAAACGGCUCGCCGGGUGGAACGCGAACUUCGUUGGGUACAACGCCUUCCCAUCUCUCCCAGACCGUGAGCUGCGCCCCGCGGACUUGGACCCUGGGGCCUUGGACGAGCUAUAUCGAGUCCGAUGUUUCCCCGAAAUUGACGAAAUCGUGCGGAAGGUGGAGAACGUGCGCAGCACCGAAGCUGGGCGUGGGAUGCAGCAUCUCUAUAUCAUGACCAACGCGCCGGCGGACUGGAUCCUCGAGCUGAAGGCAGCGCUGCAACAUGUCGGGACAUGGGAGAACAUCGCGAGCAGCAGAGACAUACUCGUGAAUAAGGAGCAGGAAUAUGUAAAGCAAGCCGUGGACAUGCUCAUUGGGCAGAGGGCACAGGUGUUCAUUGGCAACGGCGUACGUCCUUGUGCAUUCCUUUUCUGGCGGCUAUUUCUCACUGUCAUUUCCUGA